ACAUUAGUUUGCUUUUGCCAUUUCAAUGGUCAACAUCGUGGAGCAGUUGGCAUCCAUUCCAUUCUAGUGCUCGAUGUGUAUCAUAGUAGCUGAUCUGAUUUAAUUUAAACACUCGUUACUAAUUGCUUUCAAUUUAAUUUGAAGUAUUAUCACAGCUCGAGUGGGUGGAUGGUCAAGUAAUCAACUUGUUAUAUAAAGCUUGAGAAAAUAUACAUACAUACAUACAUACAUACAUAUAUACAAUGGAUCAAGCAGAUAAUACACAAAUGCGUCGAUCUAUAUCGAUGCCAGUUAAACCACGACCAAUUGAACCGAAAUCACUUAAACGCUCGGAGGAAAAGGAGAAAAUUAACGAUUCCCGAGACUAUUAUCCAGAAAGUCCAAUUGUGGAACGGCGAAAAAAAUGUGAAUUGGCUAGCAGCAUAAGUAGAAGUGCGAAUAACGUACCCUGUACCAGUGAUUGGGUUGGCAGUACAAUGGAAUUGAAUCUAGAUUCACGCUAUAGUGAUGUUGAUCAUAUGAGUGCACGACGUCGUCAUCAUCGUGUCAUCGAAAAGAGUGGCAAUGAAAAUGUCAACAUCCGACGCAUACCCCAAAAGUCGUGGCGCUAUGUUCGAGAUUUGGUAACCACAAUGAUUGAAUUAGAUUGGAAAUAUAUGCUGACGAUUUUUAUUGGUACCUACUUCGCCACAUGGUUAUUCUUUGCUUUGCUAAACUAUAUGGUUGCAUAUUCGCAUGGCGAUCUAAUGUUUGACGAAGUGACUGGCGAGCGUUUGGGUGAGGGGAAGGAGCCCUGCAUUAAAGGCGUAUAUAAUUUCGUCUCGAUGAUCAUCUAUUCGGUGGAAACCCAAACAACAAUCGGUUUUGGCGAGAAAUACGCAAGCGAUGAGUGUCCAGAGGCUAUAUUCCUAUUUGUGAUGCAAAUGAUUAUUGCAAUUGGAAUUGAAGGCAUGUUGGUCAGUAUGGUAUAUGCGAAAGCAGCUCGGCCAGCCAAGCAAAUUACGAAAUUGAAGUUUAGCGACAAAGCGGUGAUUUGCUUCCGCGAUGAUAAGCUUUGCCUGUUAUUUCGCGUCUGUGACCCACGCAAACAACAAACGAUCGAAUCGAAAAUACGUGUAUAUCUCAUAACGGACAAAACCACGCGUGAAGGCGAGUUCGUGCAAACGCGUACUGAGCUAAAAUUGGAUGGUGGCGGUGAGCAAAUUAUUGUUUGGCCUGAAAUUGUAUGCCAUGUCAUUGAUGAGACAAGUCCAUUGCACUACUUGAGGUCAGCAAAAGAUUUGAAUGAGGCACAAUUUGAAUUAUAUGUGUCAAUAGUUGGCACUUCAGCAGCCACCGCAAUGGUAACAGAGGCGCGCACUUCUUAUGUGCCAUGUGAAGACAUCUUCUGGGGACAGCGCUUCGUCAACAUUAUCAGUUAUGAUACGCGAAAUGAGCACUAUAUUGUGGACUAUAGAAAUUUCAAUACAACCAUAUCGGUUGACAUGAAAUCUAGCUACGAUCGCGGCGUCGAAUGAAUAAAAUAUUAAUUAAUAUAGCUGUUAGACUUUCUUGAGCUGAUUACGAAUCUGUAAGUAUAAAAUUUCCAUCAGCUCCAGAUUUU